AUGGACGAAGCCUCUCGGAUCGAGGCUUUGAUGGAAGGUAUUAAUGGGGAACUCGAUGAAUCAAUGAUACACCAUGACACUCCUGCGACGGUAGAUGCCUGUGCGACACUCUUACAACGGUUGGAUAAUCUUCGUCGUGCGGCGGAGGCUAAACGAGGAAAUAAAAAGCCUUGGAGUGUUACUACUACCCCGGCUCCUCGUCCCCCACCAGCAAAUCCUGUUCCUGCUCCCCGUGCUGCCGCCCCAGCCACUAAUGUACCUGCUACGGAAAGUCAUCCCUCGUCCCGUCCGGGAGGUGAUGUACCAAUGGAUCUGUCUGGAGGACGUCGUCGCUCCUCUCCUGCCGAAAGAAAUGCCCGCUUAGUUGAGGGCCGAUGUUUCUAUUGCGGAGGUGUUGGGCAUAUGGUUAGGGAUUGCCCCCAAGCGAGGGCAAGUGGAAAUCAACCAAGAAGACCUGUGAUGAGGGGAGCAGCAUUGACGGUGGAGGAAAAUGAUGGAAGUGAUAAUGAGUCGGCAAAAGAUUUGUCCCUGCACUAA